AAGCCAGGAUGGCCUGAACUUUAAAAGUGAAAGUAGCUGCUAAUGUGUAUCGGGCCCUGCUGCUUGGUUUAGAGCAACAACUGGGAUCCUAGCACCCUGCUCAUCAAAACUAAAAGGGGGAGGUUAUUUUGGCGUUUUAAAUCCCAGUUGCUCAGAAGGAGGGGGGCGGAGGGGGAUCGGGCCGGGAGCUGAGCCAGGAAUAGAAGGAGCGGGAUUGUAGCUGGAGGCGAGGAAGCAGAGCAACUGGGCCGUUCAAGUGUCGCAGGGCAGAGAACAGCUGGAGGCUUGUGCUGGAAGCCGCUUCCCAGCAGAGAGGCAGCAAUUUCCCCCCCCUCCCCUCAGCUGAGAGCUGCGGCAGGGACGCGACCAGGAGGGGCAGGGGGCUGCAGCGCCAGCCAGGCCACCCCUGGGAGAGGCUCGCCAUGGCCUCUGCGAAGGGGGAGCGCGCCGAGGAGCUUCCCCCCGACGGCACGUGCGAUGUCUGCGAGCCCGAUGAAGCCGAGGGCGCGGUGGGGGUGUGCGAGGAGUGCGGCUUCUCCUUCUGCCAGCCCCACGCCGAGGAGCACGGCCAGAAGUACGCGGCCCACCGCCUGCGGGGCCCUGCCUCGGGCCGCGAGGAGGCGGGGGAAGAGGCGCCCAAGCUGGAGCGGAAGAAGUGCGAGGAGCACGGGCAGGAGCUGAGCCUGUACUGCAAGGAGCACGAGGAGAUCAUCUGCGUGCUGUGCGCCGUCACCGGCACCCACCGGCAGCACCAGCUCAUCACCCUGGAUGAAGCCUACCAGGCCAUGAGGAAUAGAGAACCUGUUGACCUGAAGGUGGCCAUGCUGGAGAUGGUGGAAAGGUUAAAGUUCAAGUGUGCAGACCCUAAAGUGACUCGGGGUGAGAUGAAACUGUGUGUUCAGCAGGAAUUUGACACUGUACGGCGGCUGGUCUGUGAGGAGGAACGGAAAGCUUUACACCUAGUGGACCUCCAGGAAGCAGUGGCCACUGCUCAUGUGACAGAGGUGCUGGCGGAAAUCAACGUUCACAUGGCAAAGCUGAUGACGGAGAUGGCAGAGAUCAGAAGGCAGCUGAACACCUUCAAUGAGUUAGCCCUGCUCAAGCCUGAGAGCAACGAUGAGGAACCCAGGUGGUUGAUCUCAGCUCUUUACAUGAUCCAUGAAUUCACUGAGAGAUCUCAGCCCAACGAUGCAUUGCGCUGUUGUUGUGGAGGAUGUGUCUUACUGUGGGGGAUGGUGAAAUGGCACCUGCACAGAGAUGAUCGUCAUGCCAGGGUUCUGUUACUGCAGCUUUUAGGAAGAUAGAUCUCAGCCAUCCAUCUGUCUCAGAGGAUCUUGCAUGUCUGCUCUCUUGAUCUCCAAGGGAAAACCUCAGGCAGUGAAAAGUAUUCCAAAGUCUCCCUUGCUUCCUGCUUCUUCUAAUCUGCAUUCUCAGGAAUGAACCAAUACUGUGAAAGGAGUUUGUGUAUGGUCCUAUGCUUUAAAGGGAGAGGAAGAGCAGGGAGAAAAGAGAUGAGAUAUAUUUAUAAGCCAAGAACAGACUUUUCUGACACUUCAAGGUCUUAUUUGAGCAGACAGUCUGGUGAGAAGAAUAGUUACACGUGUAUCCUACUCCCCCAGCACCUUAAUAAUAAAUAGUGAUGUUAUAACUAA